AUGCAUAUUCUCCUCGUCCAUUCGUUACUCUUUUCCAUCGGCCUCGUCCAGGCAGCCGUUACUGCCUAUGGUCCACAUGUCCAGUCACCAUUUGGGACUACGACGACGGCUGCCUCUGCCUCAUACACGGGUGCUGCUUCAUACGACAGAACGAUAUUACAACCACCACCCCCACCUGAUCCUGCGCCACCCACACAGUUCAAUGUAGAGCUGCAGACCGGAGGUGUUUCGGGACUUUCAAUCCAACAUAUAGGUUCAUUCUUUGGCUUCAGUAUAGAGUUUAGUGUGACGACCCAAGUUCUCGGGCUGAAUAGUACUUUCCUUCAAGUACCGUUUCUCAACCUCAUGGCCAACCUGCAGCAACGCGGAGGGAGCGUUAGGGUUCGUGUCGGUGGUAAUACUCAAGAGACCGCUACUCUAGUGGCCAGUACUCCGGACGGUGCUGCUCUCGAGAAGGACUACUCGGGGGUGUCCAACCCCACGUCAACGCCGCCCCUUGUUUUCACAAGCGAGAUCAUUAAAAUGAUGGCCGAGAUAUCUGCACUCACUAAUGUCUAUUGGUACAUGGGUGUACCGUUCAAUGACACUCAGCAUUGGCGUUUGCAGAUCGCUGAAGUCGGAGAGGCGAUGCUUGGAAAUUAUCUGAUUGGUCUACAGGCCGGCAAUGAGCCGGAUCUUUACUCCAGACACGGACACCGACCGGAUUACUAUGCCCCUGAAGAUUACAAGGAGGAAUUUGGUCUUCUCAUCGACGCUAUGAACGCAGACUCUAAUAUCCCCAACAAAGAUCUGCUCAUUGGCCCCAAUUUGGCUGGCGUGUGGAGCCCAACAGAUGUUUGGGAAACCGGGUUCGCCACAGACUUCAACCAAAAUCUUGCUGCACUGGGUGUUGAAAGGUACCCCACUGACAACUGUUACGCUCAGUUCGGCAUAGGAACUCCGCGCAAUGGCCAAGAGAUGUUCCCGACCUUCCUGACACACCAAUCCGGAAAGAAUAUUGUUAACGAGUUCCCUGGUGCUCCCGCCUAUGCACAAUCCGUUGGAAAGCCCUUCAUCAUGUCAGAAACUAAUACUGCAUCUUGCGGAGGUUUUCCUGGGUUAAGCGACAGCUUCGGGGCCGCCCUGUGGGGAAUUGACUAUUCUCUCCAGCUAGCAUACAGUAAUUUCUCGACUGUUCUUUUCCACGUUGGUGGACAGAGCGUAUAUUACAAUCCCUUUAUGCCGCCUGUGAGGAACCAGUCGACCUUCCAACAGUGGACCAUUGGUCCGAUCUAUUACUCGGCUCUAGUAGUCGCAGAAGUACUGGGUUCUUCCAAUACCGCGCAGGUCCUGGAUCUGGACGCAAAUGAUGGAAACGACUACACUCCGGGUUACGCGAUUUAUGAAAAUGGCCAGCCAGUCCGCGUCGCAUUGACUAACUUCAUCUCUGAUCCGUCUGGAAAUAGCGAUUAUACCGCGAGUAUUUCAAUUGGGGGGACAGUGCCUGCUCAAGUGAAAGUGAAGUAUCUUCUGGCUGACUCCGUCUCUCAAAUAUACAACUUUACGUGGGCUGGACAGACCUUCGGCGGCCCAUUCUCAUCAGACGGACGACUUAAUGGAACACUUGACAUACAGACUAUCCCCUGUGACCAGACUAACAACGUAUGUCGAGUCAAAGUACCUGCUCCUGGUUUCGCCCUUGUAUUCCUCACCGAUGGUGCACUGUCCGAGUCCGACCAGAGCGCAACGAUGACCUUCCCAACUACCACAUAUACGAAUUACCAUGGUGGACCAACCGUCACGAUCGACCCCUCCGUUCUGGCUACCUCUAACGGUGAGAAAGGAUUCGCCGAUUCUCUAGCGGGCACGAGCCAAGGUCGCCAGAUGAGUAGCGCCCUUGGAUUUCCGCAAGCGCUGCCUAGCUUAGUCGCUGUCAUGGCUGGUGCUCUCAUGAUCGGGCGUCUGGCCCUCGUGCGAUGAACGUUCUUUUCGUUCACUUGCAUCAGAAUUGAUCAUCGUGUACAUGACAUCCCUUCUUUGGGUCAUUUUGAUAUCGGACGGAACCUGUGUACAUUUAUCCCUUACACUAAUCCUACCUCUGGACGGACCACUUGGAUCUCGGAUCUGCGUGCAUAUAUCCCAUACACUAAUCCUACUCACUAUCUUUUUGUCCGUCACUUGUGUACCACUGCAUUCCGAAUUUAUGAUCGCGGCUGAACAAAGUUUAAGACGAAAUUUGGAUCACCAUUGGAGGCUUGAUGCCGACCCAUCAUUGGGGUUAAACAUUAAAUGAUAAGCGUUGAUAGCCUUUUCACGGGCCUCUAGAUUAGCAAGCGG